AUGCCAGAACCCACAAAGAAAGAUGAGAUGCAAAACGGUCAGCCUGAAGACACGGUUGCCCCCGACACCGUUUUCCCUGAAAGUGUUCCCUUGGAAAGUGUUCCCUUGGAAAGUGUUCCCUUGGAAAGUGUUCCCUUGGAAAGUGUUCCCUUGGAAAGUAAUGGCGCCCCGUCUUUACCUGAGAUUUCCUUGGAGGUGUCUCCGCCCCCAGAGCCCAUAACAGAAGCCAUAACAGAGGAGAAAGAGCCUGUAGAGACUGAGAGGAAACCAGAGCCAACGGUGACUCAGCCUUUAACUGUAGCUAAAGAGCCAAGCCCCACAGAGAAUGGCUCUGAGCCUCAGUGUGGUGAGAUGAGGCUGAAACAGGCAGAGCUUCAGACCUCUGCAGUAAAGGAGGAGAGUUCUUGCUCUCCCCCUCCCGCUGGUGAAGAUGCUCCUGCAGCCAAUAGCGCCCCCUCAACAGCAGAAGAUGCCAAUUCAGUCAAGAAACUGUCCGUUGAUCUGCCUAAUGAUAGUGUUCCUGUGCCUGCAAUGGGGAGAAAGGACUCAGUGUGGUCUUUGGGAGAGGGUCAGUCCCCAGAGGAUCUGGACAAGCCCAUUGACACACCACCACUGUCCACUCUGCUGAUAGAGAGACCCCAGAGCGCCACUGUUCCCGUGGGAGGGGACAUUAGCUUUGUGGCUAAAGUGGAGGCUAAAGAUCUUCUUCGUAAGCCCACUAUCAAGUGGUUCAAGGGAAAAUGGAUGGAUCUUGCCAGCAAGACAGGAAAGCAUUUACAACUCAAAGAAACUUUUGACAGAUUUACAAAGAUACACACGUUUGAGAUGCACAUUAUAAAAGCCAAAGAGAACUAUGCUGGAAACUACAGGUGUGAAGUCACCUACAAAGACAAGUUUGACAGCUGCUCUUUUGACUUAGACAUCAAAGAAACUGAACAGAGUUCCCAAAACAUUGACAUUCGCUCAGCUUUUAAAAGGAGCAGUGAAGGACAAGAAGAUGCAGGGGAGCUUGACUUUAGUGGUCUCCUUAAACAUAGAGAGCCUAAACCGGACGACACCCCAGAGGUUGAUGUUUGGGACAUCUUAAAAAAUGCCCGACCGGAUGAGUAUGAGAAGAUUGCAUUCAUGUACGGCAUUACGGACCUGAGGGGUCUGCUGCGGAGAAUGAAGAAAAUACCCAAAGAGGAGAAGAAGAGUGAAGCAUUCGCAAAGAAGUUGGAACCGGCCUAUCAAGCCGAUAAAGGAGGGAAGAUUCGCCUUGUGGUGGAUUUAGCUGACCCCACGGUUGAUCUGAAGUGGUACAAGAAUGGACAAGAAAUCAGACCAACUCCCAAUCAAAGGAAAUAUAUCUUUGAGCACAAAGGAACGCAGAGGAUUAUGGUGAUCAACAACUGCUCCAUGAAUGACGAUGCUGCCUACUCUGUGGCUGCAGGAGAUGAAAAAUGCACAACAGAGCUUUUUGUGAAAGAGCUGCCAGUUAAAAUCAUAAAAAGUCUGGAUCCUGUGAAGACAACUGUAAAUGAGCGAAUUGAGCUGGAAUGUGAGGUGUCAGAGGAAGGUGCUCAAGUUAAAUGGAUGAAGAAUGGUGUUGAGGUCCCAACAGGAGUGCGUUCCCGAUAUCGAGUAAAGUCUGAAGGCAACAAACACUAUCUUGUGAUAGACGAUGCCUCUCGGGAGGACACAGGGGUAUACUCUAUUAUGGCCACUGGGGGCACUUCUGAAUGUCAUGUGCAGGUUGACUUGAAACCUCUUAAGAUAUUCCAGAGCUUGCAAGAUGUAACUGUAAGGCUGGGGCAGCCUCUUAAAUUGAAUUGUGAGAUAUACCCUGGCAAUGUACCCGGCCGCUGGUACAGAAACGGACAACUAAUCCAGCCCAAUGACCACAUCAACAUUAUUCACAGGAACAAAAUCCAUCGCUUGGAAAUAGAAACUAGCUCCCUGCACGAUGCUGGAGAUUAUACAUUUGUGCCUGAGGGAUAUUCUCAAAGCAUCUCUGCCAAAGUUCAUAUAAUUGACCCACCGAAAGUCCAUUUAGACAGUUUGAACUUUCCAGACAACACUGUGAUUAUUGUAGCAGGAAACAAACUUCGAUUGGAGAUUCCCAUCAGUGGUGAACCAGCACCCAGGGUGGUGUGGAUGAAAGGUGAAAGGGUCAUUCUCGAGUCGGGGCAUCGUGUCAGGGCAGAGACAUACGGCGACCAAACCAGUUUGACAAUCGAUGUGACUGAGCGCGACGACACUGGAAACUAUAAGCUUGUUCUUCAGAAUGAGGCAGGGGAAGCCACUGCUAGUGUCAAGAUCAAAGUUGUUGACAUUCCCGAUGCCCCGGAUGCUCCCCUAGUUCCAGCUGUGGGUGGUGAUUGGUGCUCAAUGACAUGGGAAGCCCCCAAGUAUGAUGGUGGAUCCCCUAUAAUAGGGUACUUUAUUGAACGAAAGAAGAAACAGAGUUCAAGAUGGAUGAGGUUAAAUUUUGACCUGAUCAAGGAAACCUCUUUCGAACCGAAGAAGAUGAUUGAGGGGGUGCCUUAUGAAGUCAGGGUCUUUGCUGUCAAUGCUAUAGGCAUAUCCAAGCCCAGUGAUCCUUCAAAAGCCUUUAUUCCCCUGGCUGUGACCAGUGAACCCACUAUGCUGGUGGUUGACGAUGUCACCGACAACUCUGUCACUCUAAAAUGGCGUCCGCCCGAAACUAUUGGAGCUGCUGGUCUGGAUGGAUAUUUAGUGGAAUACUGUGUGGAAGGAACUGAUGAAUGGAUUGCUGCUAACACAGAAUUGACAGAAAAGACCAAGUACACAGUCACAGGAUUAAAACCAGAGUCUAAAAUCUUAGUGCGUGUUAAGGCCAUCAAUAAAGCAGGAGCUAGUUGUCCACGCACCAUUCAGCACCCUAUACUUGUCAAAGAAGUUAUUGAACCACCAAAAAUCCGUGUGCCACGUCACCUGAAGCAGACAUACACACGGAGAGUUGGCGAGGCAGUUAACCUUGUUGUCCCAUUUAUGGGUAAACCCAGACCAAAGGUCACCUGGCUAAAGGAAGGCAAGCCCAUUGAACCAACCAACUAUGUAAGCAUUCGCAACACUGACUGUGACAGCAUCAUCUUCAUCCGAAAAGCAGAGCGCAGCCACUCUGGGAAGUAUCAGCUGACAGUGCAGGUGGAAAAUCAUGUGGACACAGCGAUCAUUGACAUACAAAUAGUGGACCUACCUGAACCUCCUCAGUCCGUAAUAAUAGAAGAUGUUUGGGGAGGAAAUGUAGCUCUGGUCUGGACUCCACCGAAAGAUAACGGAAACGCACCAAUAACUGGCUAUACCAUUCAAAAGGCAGACACAAAAACUAUGGAGUGGUACACAUGCAUCGAGCAUUACCAUCGUACCUCCAUCACAAUCACAGAGCUUGUGGUUGGUAAUGAGUAUUUCUUCAGGGUCUUCUCUGAGAACAUGUGUGGCCUAAGUGAAACAGCUACUCAAACAAAGAAGAGUGCCUUAAUUGUGAAAGAAGGCAUGGAGCUCAAAGAUCCUGAGUACAGUGACCGUGACUUCAAGGAGGCGCCCAAGUUUACCCAGCCGCUGAUCAACACGUUUGCCAUCGCCGGAUACAAUGCCACUCUGAACUGUAGUGUUCGUGCCAACCCAAGGCCAAAAGUUAUCUGGAUGAAGAAUAAAAUAGCCAUCUUAGACGACCCUCGCUACCGCAUGUUCAGUAACCAAGGCAGGCGCAGGUCGACUGCAAACUGGAAGUCAAAGUCCAAACUCAAGAAUUGUGAAUGUAUGUUCUCAUAUAAGGAGGAUUCACCUUUUAUGAGCUCAUGCAGCGUGGAGUGCCGCUACACUUGA